UCUCUCUUACGUGGUCCGCACGUGUCAAUCGAAACAAACUACUGGGCCUUCUUCUUCAAUGGGUGUUCCGGGUUCAAGUGAAACAAAUAAAAGUUAGAAAGAGAAAUAGGUUAUUUAUCAAAAACUCUCUUCACUUUUGCUUGCACUCUUUCUCUAUCUUGAAAUCUUGAAAAAGGAAAGAUCAUUUCCUCCUCCCCAUACUAUUUUUCAUUUUCUCUCUUCACUUUCACACAAUCUUCAAUAUCAGAUGAGGAUCAGAAAGCGUUUCCUUCUCUCUUCACUAUCUACACUUCCUCUCUCUUCAGAUCCACAGCUCGAUUCUCCCAUCGCCCAGGAGCUUGAAAAUCAAGAAGAGGUCAUCAUGAAAGAACAACAUGAUGAUGAAGAGUACAUCAGGAGAGAUAUUCCUCUGGAGAUCAAUCAUUUCAGGAAAGAAGCAGUCAUACUGGUUGAACAUACCGUUCCUGACCCUUGUGCUCAUCAACAAGACAGGUGGGGCGAUAAGGAUAAGGUGAUUCCAUUGAAGAAGAGAAGAGGGAACAUUGAUCAAUUAAUAGCAAGUAGUCACGAUUAUGAUAAUAAGACGGAGACGAUAAUGACUAAUAAGAAGUUGAAACCGAAGAAGAAUGCCAUGACAAGCAAAAAGAGUAUUAAAAGAGGGAACGUGAUAAUGGAAGGAUCGAGGUGUAGCCGUGUAAAUGGAAGGGGAUGGAGAUGUUUCCAACAGACUCUCGUUGGAUACUCUCUUUGUGAGCAUCAUCUUGGAAAGGGAAGGUUGAUCAAGAGCGUCACUACUUUGCCUGCCAAGGAUGAAACGACAUUGGAAUUUGAUCAUGAGAGCGAAGGAAAAGAAGAUGACUACAACAAUUACGAAGAUCGUGAUAAAAUGGGAAAGGAGAAGAGAAUCAUGAAGCUUGGAAAGGUGAAGGCUAGGUCCAUUAAUAGUUUGCUGGGGCAAACUCCAAUUGACCACGCCAAUGCAUUUUCUAGUAGCUGGCCAUGAUCAAUUAUCAGUUACUACCUUCAAUAUUCCAAGGAGCUUUUUCCAACUUCUAUUGUUGCACAUGGUUUUGUGAUGAUGAGUGCAUGUAUUUACAAUGAUAGACUAAUGGACAUGAUUUUAUAACUUGUAAA